AUGUCCCGGCUGUGGCGUUAUCUCGCCGUCGGCUUGGCAAUAGCCGGUGGCCUAGUGUCUGCGGAAGCAGACCAGAACAUCACAGCACAACCUGGUGAAGAUGUAACCCUAAAAUGUCAAGAUGGAAAUGAGAAAAAGAUAGCAGUUUUAGAAUGGAGCAGAACUGAUCUGGAUCCAGAUCAUGUUCUUUUCUUCAGAGAAGGUCUCUUUGAGUCAAAAUACCAGCAUCCAUCCUUUAAGAACCGGGUGGAUCUGCUGGACAGUCAGAUGAAGGAUGGAGACGUGUCUCUGAUUCUGAAGAAUGUGACGAUUAAUGAUACGGGAACAUACGAGUGUAGAGUCAUGCAGAGAGAAGUGGACCAAGGGACGAACAACAUGGAACUCAUCUGCACCCUCCAUCUGGAAGUAGCUUCAGGGAGCAAGGAUGGAGGAGACGAGGAUGGACGAGAUGAUGAUGGAGGAGAUGAUGAUGGAGGAGAUGAGGAUGGAGGAGAUGAGGAUGGAAGAGAUAAGGAUGGAGGAGAUGAGGAUGGAAGAGAUAAGGAUGGAGGAACCUCGGUUAGACAGCGCCCUGCUCUGUUUCUGCUUCCCAUUUUUUUACUUGCCAUUUUAUGUGUUGGUGCACUUCGUUAUAUGAGGCUGGCUGGUGGGAGACAUCCGCCUCCCCCAGAACCAGCAGCUGUUCCACAGGUGGUAAUACCGCUCAUGUCGGACCCCCCCGAGCCUCCUGCUGUGGCAGAGACUCCUGUGUGA